AUGAAUGUUGAUGUACCGACGAAUGGAUACGUUGUCUUUGAGGCAUCAAGCGAUUAUGCACUUUCUGGAAGUAUUGUAUUGGAGGACCCACUGUUAUCGUCAACGUGGAGUGGAGAAAUCAGUGGCCAAUCCGUUAAGUUUCAAGCCUUGUCAGGUUACACCGCGGGGCAGCAUAGUGUUCAAGUGAAGUUUCUUCAGAACCCAGGAGCAUCUACUACCGGAGCCUUCACAGUGUCUACGACCGAUGCAGACGGAUUCAUUCUGGAGAGCGCAAGCUGUGGAGGUGUUGUGAUUGUACCAGGGUCUAUUACCGACGCAGUGCUCACCCCGCAGUUGCCUCACCCGGGCAUUGCUUCUCGAGUUGACAUCUCUUUCACCGCAUCAGCGGGGCUGGCAAAGGACAGCCUUCUAGCGAUUUACUUACCUGCAGGCGAAUAUGAUGCUGCUGUCUCAGUCAUCUCGGUUGAGGUAGCAGCGCCUUCAAGUUUGACUGCUACCGCUUCGUGGAACAGUACGACCUCAACUAUCCUGAUCCUACUGACCAGCUCGACGAUGAUUCCUCAUGGGGCUGCAGUGAAUUUUCAAGUUACAGCGCUUGACUUGCCCCAAUCUGUCCGCGCAGCAUCCUCUUCUGGAAUGAUAGCGAGCUGGAACGCCAAAGGGCUUCAACUGGAUGACGUGAGUUCAAUAACGCUGAGUGCAAUUACCGCUGUUCAGGGCCUCCCCUGUACGUGGGCCACGGAGACGCCAAAUCCAGGCAUUACGUCCAACGUGCUGGUUACGCUCAAAACAAACGGUAUGAUCCCAGUAGGCGGCACAAUUUCGCUAUCGUUGCCAUCGUCCGACUUUUCCGCGAGCUCAGCAGGAAAUUUACCCUUGGUCGUCUUCAAAUCUCCCAGCAGUGUUGUCGGUGCCGCAUCGUGGAAUGCCACAACAGCAUCUCUCGAUAUCUUCAUCGCAAAUGACUCGAUUCCGGCGUACAAAGCGGGCGUGCAAGUGAAGAUCGUGAAGCUUGACACACCAGGAUCCGUUCGCCUUGCUUCGCGGUUGCCAGCCACUUUGACGACGUUCGACCCACUGGGAAUCGAGAUCGACGGCCCGAGUACUCUUCAACUGGACGCGAUCACUGCGGGCUACAUACUGGGGAGCCGCAUCUGGACGGCAGUGAAUGCGGUGGCCGGAGUGACCAGCGACCAGACGAUCGAGUUCUUUAUCAGUGGCAAGAUGGAUCCUGGCGGGACGUUUGAAUUCACGCUACCCGAUACGCAGUGGAAUAUGGCCGCGACGGGCCUUGCAACGUUUACUUCUCCAAAUCUUGGGGCCGUUGGCUCGGUUGUGUGGGAUGAGCCCACGCUGAUGAUGACCGUGACGUUGACCGGCACGGUGUCGCUGCCGGCUUACACUGGGGUGACUCUGGUCAUUCAAGACGUGACGAAUCCGCCGAAGGAGACGUGGAUCAACAACGCCUACCUCACGACCAGAGCAGCUGACGGCAGCAUCAUUGAUGGACCCGAUACCAUUUCAGUAUUGACGAUAUCUCGAGGGGCACUGACAGGGGCAAAGUCGUGGACUUCGGUGACGACCGCAAGCGCCAGCAUGCAAAGCGACCAGCUACUGAGCUUCACACUGAGUGGGGCCCUGCCUAGCGGCAGUAUUAUCGUAACUACUCUACCUCCGGGCGGUUGGCGAAUGAUCAAUAGCGCGUCAGUGGCGGUGUCGUUCUCACUCCCAGCGUCGGGAGCAACUGUUCAGUCGGCCGUUUGGUCUGCGGACAGCUAUGAACUGUGUAUCGUCACUGCCGGCAGUCUCAGCGAGGGAACAUCAGUGGAACUCCUAGUGGCGGGCAUGAUGAACCCGUAUUCCAAUGCAGAUCCGGGUGUAUGCACGGUAUUGACGAUGCUAGCAGACUCGGGGGUAGUAGACGAAUCCAAAGACGUCGUCGUGAACGCGAUAGUGAGCGAGCAAUUACCGACGAAUGGCUCGUGGGCGUCAGCCAUUGCUACGCCAGGGGUUCUGUCGUCGCAGACACUCAUGUUCACAACCGGCGGGAAGUUAGAGCCUGGAGCAGCGUUCUGCAUCACAAUGGAGGACACGUGGACGCGUAUGGCUUCGACUAUCGCCACACUUACCUUGGCUGGGAGUACGCAGACCUCUUCGUUGACCCUCACAGUUGACAAGACUACGGGCACCUUUUGCAUGCAGACUGCCGUGGCCAUCGACCAAGAAACGGAUGUGAAUAUCGCCUUGACUGACAUUCUGUCUCCUGAAUCGGUUCGUCCUGAGAGGAUGGCGUCUCUGCUAAUUGAGAGCCACCUUGGAGGAAGUGUGAAUACCGGUUUCGUUCGCAUCAAUGCAAUCACCGCAGGGAUGUUGACUGGCCCGCUAACAUGGCAGACAGUGGUUUAUAGCCCUGGCCCAGUGGCGGGUUUAAGGACCUCCGCGAACCUGGCGCUUAAGACAAGGGGGCAAAUCGCAGCGGGAGGAUUCAUCCAGGUGGAGCUUCCGUUCGAGUGGGUCCUGGCGUCAACAUGCCAAGCAAACUUCAUUCAUCCGUCGGUGCUUGGUACAGCUUCCUGCAGUCAGAACAACAUCAGCAUCCUGUUGUCGGACCCUCUCGUCGAGGCGACAGACCUGAACAUUUCAUUCGCAGGGGUCUACAAUCCCUCCCUCGUGAUGCCUGAAGGAGUCGCAUCGGCUCGGACUCUUGCUGCUGAUGGAGGAGAGAUCGACGUAACCAAUAGUAUCAUUACGGGCGCCAUCACGUCUGCUGUGACCGGGAUCACGAACUCAGGGGACCACCUCGUAGCGGUGGUUGGUGUUGCCAAGACAUUUCGGUUUGAAGGUUCUGCGACGGCCGAGAACGACGUCGUCAAAUUUGUAGACGCAAGCACUACGAGUGACGCCAACUGCGGGACGUCGACCACCGGCCAGUCGGACGUGGGAGGCGUCGGCGUCAAGUAUUUAAGCGCUGACCUCGACGUCGCCGUCAAGUUCACACAGUCGUCGCCCGAUGGGAAACCGUUUGCGAUUUGCUACAAGUUCGGCGAUAACCCGUUCAAGCUGUACUCGGCGCUGAGUCUCACGGUCAAAGAGGUGAAGUCUGUGACGACUGAUGUGGGAUUCCCAGACAUCGCAGUGGCCGACUUUGUCAAGACCUGGAGCUUCGGUGGCAAUGGAAUUAUGGCCGGGGAUCAGGUGCGGUGGAUCGACCUGGACGUGGCCAAGAGCGCAGCGUACAUUCUGAAUCCCCCCGACUGUCUCGACACCUCGACGCUCGCGAAGCUGGCGCCCCCGGAUUCUGGGACUUUAAGCGCUCCAGAAGAUGACUACACGCGAGUGAUUCAGGCGGGUCUGGGCUCCUCCUUUGCCUUCUCAGUGGAAAGCAGUAGGAAGACCUACUGCUUGUGCUACAAGUUUGGCAACGAGCCGUUCACCGUCUACCCCUCAAUUAAAGUUCAAGUGAACCAUCUUCGCUCCGUCGCGGCUCAAUCUACUGGGAGUGAUACGGUCGCGGUGGUGAACGCACCCAAGUCUUUCGCUUUCUCUGGAGACGGUGUGUUUUUGAACGACCGACUGUACUUUGUCCAGUUAGGCAGCGUGUCUUCCUGCGCCGAAAGCAACAACGACACGUCGCUGCAGCUCACGCACAUGAUCAACGACCAGGAGCAAGGCACGCUCUUCAUAGACGCGAAUCUUGUAACUGAGGUCAAUUUCGACGCCGCCGCUGCUGGGAUGAUCGUAGUGCCGUGCUAUCAGUUCAGAAUGGAGCCACACCAGCUGUAUCAAGACAUCCGACUGACCGUCAAGAUGGUCACGCGGUAUACCGGGACGCUCGGAUCCCCCCAACUCGCUGUGGCCGAAGUGGCCGAACCGCUGACGUUCCUUGGGUACGGACUGGACGACGGGGAUCAAGUCCGGUGGAUUUUACACGGCGAAGAAGACUGCGAGAGCAGCCUCGCUUCGAUGAUGGAGCCCGCCACACUGGAGGUUAUUGACACCAUUACACUGGACAAGAACAGCGCGGCGCUGUUCAACUUCACGACCACGCAGAGUGACUUUAACCCUUUGCUAUGCUACAAGUUUGGCGAGGAGAACUUCAAAUUGUACCCGAGUAUUUCCAUAGCGAUCGGAACGAUUCGAGGCAAAUCCCCUCUCACAGGGGCCAAGGAAGUUGCAGUGGCCACGUCGCGCAAGAAUUUUACAGUUCUGGGGACAAAUAUGGCGGAGGGGGACCGCGUUGGCUGGACCACCGUCAUCGACUCGCCUACUCCGUGCACGAACCUGAGCUUACUGGUGCCCAAUCCGUUGAACACGGACAACGAUUAUCUAUCGUACAUGACGGACUCCAACACAUUUGGUGUCGCGUUGUCUACGCUAAGUUCGGGGAAGCGCGUGUACCUGUGCUAUGGCUACGGCCAGGAGCCUUUCAAGCUGUUCACUAGGCUCUACUUGGACGUGAAGAGCAUCACGAACAUGCGCGCUCUGGUUGCAAGUCCCAACGUCGCUGUCGCCGGUGCACUCAAGACGUUUCUGUUCGAUGGGGACGGCGUGGCCACGGGGGACUUUGCCAAGUUCGUGUCGAGUAACAGCUCGGACUGCACAACCCCUGGAGUGACGCUCCUCAAUGUUAUCAAGGAGUACGACGACUACGACGAAAUGGCCAUGUACCUGUACGAGAUCUCGGGCGUCACCACCACUGGGAGUUUCCAAGUGAGCUCUGACAGUAGAUCUGCGGGGCUUGACCGAGCUCUCUGUUACCGCUUUGGGGUCGAGCCUUUCGUCUUUUACGACAACUUCCGCGUCGACGUGAAGACCAUUUGGGCACUAAACCAGUUCGACACGAACGCAGGGGGCCAAGACGAUGUAGUGGUGGUGAACGAGCCCAAGCGCAUGACCAUUGACGGGGUCGGGAUAGGCGUCAAGGACUCGCUAAAGUUCGUGAACGCGACCAGCGACGGCAGCGACUCUGACUGUAAUGAUCUCCCGGCACAAGGACAGACCGGUAAGCAACCCCUAGUCUCCGCCGACUUGACGGUAUGGCUACCCUUUGACUCUGGUUCGAACGGGGGAACUUGGACAUUAUGCUACAAGUUCGACGACGAGCCGUACCGGCUGUACCCUACCGUGACUAUAGCGGUGAAAGAAAUCACCGCGCUACUGGACGACACCUUCCAAGACAUUGCCGGGCUGGGCAGUGUUGCUACUAUCGGCCAUCGGAAGCAGUGGAAGCCUGUCGGGUCAGGAAUUAUGGCAGGUGACGUCGUCAAGAUCGUGCCCCAGAGUGUGACGGCGAGUGCCGAUUGUGGCGUGGCCGACGCCAACAUCGCUGUCGGGACGUCGGUCAUGACUGUUGGGGCCAAGUUGAUCUUCUCCGGUAUCAUCUCGGCCUUCCCAGCGUCGACCACGGACGUGUAUCACUUGUGCUACCAAUUCCAGGAUGAACCUUUCACUUACGUCCGCGACUUCACGUUGACAACGUACGGAAUCACCGGCUUGGACCGCAGCGUUGUGCUGGUUAGUGCGUCUACUGUGGCCCAAAUCAGCGGCUUUCGAGUCUCGGAUACGGAUGAAAUGGGGUGGACGACAAGCACGACGAACUGCAGCUCGAUGCUUGGGCGUACUGAUGUGUCGGGGGCGAAAGCGGUCGUCCAGUUCUCCGAGAGUUUCUCGCAGUUGUACUUCUGCUACAGCUUCAAUCGCCAGCCGUUUGAUAUCUUCAAGACAGUGACGCUCUCAGUCGUCAAGGCGGAGAUCUGGACGCCGCAGACAGUGUCGAUCAUCGCCGACCAAACGACAGAGCUCGACGUGUCGGGUACGUUCGGGGUCACUCAAGGCACGGAUCAAAUCGCGUGGGUGCCGUCGGAUGCUGUUGACUGCUCCGACGAUACCGUCGCCAAGUACGCGAACAUUAUGCAGACGUCCGUGAAGAGUGCUACCAAGUCGCAGACGAUCGUGCCGCGUGCCGGUGGCGCUGCGUUUAGCGCGAAGUACGUCGCUCCGAGCAGCGACAGCGGCGUGACCGCUACGGACAGCUUCUCCAGUUGGAAGUUGUGCUACCGGUUCGGCACCACGCCAAGCUUCCUCAUGUUCGGCAACGUCUUGUGCACAGUGCUGAAUAUCGUCCAUGUUCAGCUGCUCAGCAUGGAACCUACCAGCACUGGAGCUGUGAUGAAGUUCGAGUUCGACGGCGUUGGCAUGCAGGACUUUGAUUCAGCCAAGUGGGUGGACGCGACUGCUGCGUCCACCGAUGCAGACUGCAACUUGUUGCCGGCAAUUGGAGGCAGUAGGACCAGCGACAUCGUCAACUCCCGUGCGAGCUUCACAUUCGCUGAACAAAGUUCAGCCAUGGCGCUGUGCUACAAGUUCUUGGGUCACGCGUUCAAGCUCUACACCAACAUCCCGAUCCAGAGCUCUGCUGCAUCGACGACCAGCAUCGGUCAGAGUAUUAGCGGUGCUGUCACGAGCAGCUACGACGAGGAGGCAGCAGCUGCAGCCAGCGACCACUUCACCGCUAGCCGAGACGUCGCCACGGUCUCGCUCACGCUUGACAAAGACAUCAGCGAGAUCCCAGCUGGCUCUAACGCUGAAGCCGCGUUCAAGGCCUCCUUCACUGCGACGCUGGCGACUUCGCUGGGCAUCGACGCGUCUCGGAUCCAGAUCACAGGGCUCGUGGCCGGUUCGGUGAUCGUCAACUUCCAGCUCCUGUCCUCCGACAACGCCGCCGAUCCGUCCGUGACCGAGGCGCUGCAAGAUCUCCACGCCCAGCUCAUGGAUUCGGGCAGCGCCUUACUCACGAGCAACACUGUGGCCGUGAAGAACCCCGCAACAGCGCUAAGUGUUACCUUAUCGUCCCUCCCAGCUCCGGCCACCUCGUCGAUGGCCAUUCAAGCGCUGGGAUACCAAUCCAACGGCCUCUUCUCGUUCGUGAGGAGCAUUUACAGCGUCACGGAGAAAUCCUCGAGGCUGGUAAUCCCCGUUCUCCGUCUCCAAGGAGCGACGUCCGUUGUCUCUAUCACUGUACAGAUUCAAUCGGCAGGGACGUCGGCGAUACUGGAUAAAGACUACGCUUUCUCAACGUCCGCUACGUUCGACAGUACUCUCAAGCUGAUCCAUUUACGCUUUGACAUCGGCGACGUCUUGCAGACGAUUGAGCUGGACCUCCUGGACAACAAUGUGAAAGAAGCGCAUUUCAAGACGCUGUCGCUAGCUCUGCUUGCUCCUCAGACGACUGGGGCAUCGCUUGGCUCGACGAAAGAGACCGUCGUUCGGAUCUACGACUAUGACGAUGGCGCCCCACUGGUAAGAUCGAGCUUCUCUCUUGAUGCUACGGAUAUGAGCGAGCAGCGUGAACCUCUUCAAGGCUGGCAGGUCGUCGCCAAUGGAGCGAGCCCGCUGCGUAUCGAUGCCAACGCCGUCUUUGCUGUCGACGACGUGUUCGGUGAAGCCGAGUACAACCAAAAGUGCGACCUCGCAGCACCCACCGGCGUGUGCAGCUACGCCUGCGAGCUUGGGGGUGGACUGACUACGACGGACGGAUUGGACUCCUCCUACAACACGCUGGUUCUGGAUGGAGACGACUUUGCUGCGAGUAUGGACGGCAUCAGCUCCUUCCCGUCCGAGGCAUUCACGGUAUCGCUUUGGGUGAAGACGUCGCAAACGGGCCCGGGCGCUUGUUUCUAUUCGUACGCAGUCUCUUCCGUGACGGCUUCGGCCGUACCCUUGGCACUCUGCAAUCCCUCUAACGUGCAGCUAUUCAUCAACGCCGAAAGCGACGCGAGUGGGCUGUCCACCUUCGUGAACGUUAGUGACAAUACGUGGCACUUCCUUGCUGUGACUUGGAACACGGAGGAUGGUCGGGUGCGCGUUUUCGACAACGGCAUGCUGGUAUUUGACGGUGGGCCGUACCGACAAGGGAAGACGAUCGAGCCGAACGGCUUCUUCGUGGCCGGUCAGCUGGUGCUCUCGAGUGCGUUGAGGCCACCUUGUGUUGCAGGAGCUGAAGUCUCAGCCCAAAGCGCCAGCUUCGGUGCCGGUGGUAACCCAGUCUCGCUCACAUCAACCACAGAGGACGUUAGCUGCGACGUGGUGGCAGGCACCGGGUUCAAGGGCCAGAUCCAGCACGUCCACGUUUGGUCACGAGUACUCGCGCGGUCGGAGCUUCUCGGGGAAUUGGCCUGGCCGCUUCGGGUUGUCAGCAACGGCCUCGUCUUGGGGUGGAAUUUCGACUCGUCCUUCUUGCUACUGCAGGGCCGAGUGGUGAACGACCUGUCGAUGCAGGGCCAGGAGCAGAAGAACCUCGGCGUGCUUCACUGCAGCACUGGGAACACUUCCACGCUGCAGUUGGCGUCGACUUCAUCUGGGACGAACAGUACCGGCACCGACAGUGUCGGUAGCUGCCUGCUCCAUGGUGCUGUUCCUCGACUCGACGCCGCCUUCCCGUGCGGCCCCGUGUUCUCCAACGUUUGGCACUUUUCGGCCCCUGCGGCGUUCACCGGCAAGCUCGCCAGCGCGUACGGUGGCCGCCUGCAGUUCCGACUACUGGCUCCGAGCUUCAACGGGUCUCCGCGUCCUCGUCGAGGCCAAGUGUCCAUCUUCGGCUUUGAUAGUGACGGGGUCGCGACUCAAGUUUCGGUCGCGCUGGGGUCCUUCGACCUGCCGUCGGCCUCUCGCUGGACGUACUACUCGAUCGUGCUGCGCGAAGACUUUGGCUGGAUCACGGAGCCGACCGCCGCGUCGCUAUCGAGCGACGAGUUCCAGGCCGUGCUGGCCACUGCCACGGCGCUCUGGAUCCGAGGCGAUAUAUGGGGCUACGACUCUACCGGGCCAGGCCAGGAGGUGGUCUACCUCAACGACGUUGCGCUCUACGCGCGGUGA